AUGAGGCUCAUCAAAGCCAAAGUUUUAGUUGAAACUCAGUGUAUCUCCUUCAAGGAAUUCUAUGGGGAUCUACCGGAAUACACUAUCCUCUCACACACCUGGGAGGGUGAUGGAGAGGUCACCUUCCAAGAGUGCAACGCCAAGUCUUCAAAAUCAAAAACAGGAUACGAAAAGAUCACCAAAACUUGUGAGCUAGCUCUCGCCGAUAAAGUCCAAUAUGUGUGGGUAGAUACCUGCUGUAUCGAUAAGUCCAGCAGCGCCGAGCUCACAGAAGCUAUCAACUCUAUGUUCCUCUGGUAUCAGAGGGCCAAAUUCUGUUAUGUGUAUCUAUCCGAUAAGGUUGAACAAUUUCCACUUGCGAAAUGCAGGUGGUUCACCCGUGGGUGGACAUUGCAGGAACUGAUUGCCCCUACGUCCAUAUCAUUCUACAACCAAGCAUGGGACUUUAUCGGCUCUAAACGGAGCCUCUUGGGCUCUCUUUCGGACAUCACUUCCAUUGAACAGGAGUUUUUGGGCCACAUGGCUCCGAUCUCCUCCGCUUGCAUCGCUAAGCGACUUUCGUGGGCUGCAAAUCGACAGACUACUCGUGUAGAAGACAUGGCGUACUGUUUGCUUGGUAUAUGCAACAUCAACAUGCCAAUGCUAUACGGAGAGGGCGAGAAUGCAUUUCGGCGUCUUCAAGAAGAAAUUAUUAGAACAACGUAUGAUUUAAGUCUUCUUGCGUGGACGCCACCUUUUUCCACGUCAGAGGAGUACUGUGGGUUUCUCGCUACUUCGGUGAAGCAUUUCGCUUCGUGCUCAAAGAUGUACUCGGUGGCAAACUCUCUGCUGGAUGAAGGCGAGAUGAGCAUCUCGAACAAAGGUCUCAGACUUCGCGCCCGAGUAUACUUGCUUGACUAUUCGGAGCUGAGUUAUCCCGGGCUCGAAGAUAUCACGUAUCGAUAUGUACUGGAACUGGACUGUAUGGCUCCUGGUUACGAGGGAGAAUUCUUGACCAUACCCAUGCGCAAAAUUGGUCCGAAUGCGUUUGUGAGAGCGCGGGGCUUCGAGGAAGACCGAACCAUCCGCAAAUUGACAGCUUCUACUUCUUUUUGCCUAGUCCCAGCAGUUGCAGGCGGCAGUAUAUUCCACACUGUCACUCUUCUCGCGAAACUACCCGAACGAAGGAUACAGCGACCUCUAUUGAAGGCAAACCACUCUGAUCUUGUCUCAUACAGCCGUUUCACAAUGGUUACGAUCGAGCUGCCGCCCGAAAUAGCAAUUGUCUCUAGUACUGAGCUGCCCAAUAAGUUCUGGGACAUGGAGGAUAGCGUCUUCUUUGGCCCUUAUGGGUCAUAUCAGAAUUGGGGCGCGUUUGUGCUUAACACGAAAUCUUUGUUUCUCUGCUUCUGGCACAAGGGCGCAACAGAGUGGGCUCUCAGGGGAACACUACUUGAUAUGAGGAGCUCCAGUGUAUAUGCAUUAUGGAAGGAUCUUUUUCUCUCGGCAGAUCAGCUGGGUUACCAGCAGCCGGUUGUUCAGAACUUUUUGAACAAUGCACAAAGCGAGAUGAAGACUUCGAUUGAAACCAAGAACGAGGGACGGAACAUCAAAUUGUCUUUUACCGUUUUCAGGAAGGAUAACCCGAGUUUAUGUAGUGGGCCACGGUGGAGGGUUGUUUUUCGAGAAGACGUUGUAAAAUCAGCAUCUUAA